UCAUCGAAUAGUGUAACUAAAAAUUAGAUUAAUUUUAUUUGUUUUUAGCAAUUAAAAGUUACUCUUAAACAAUUUUUUGUUACUUUAUUAUUCUUUAUCUGCCACAUAUCUCUGCCUUCACUUAGUACAUUUUUUACAAAAUAUUAUAUUGUUUUCACCGGCGUUGUGCUUAAGCAUGCAGAACACAGAAGAUACAUUUAUACCAGCUUUCUAUGCAAAUCGAUCAGUGUUCAUCACUGGCGGAUCCGGCUUUCUUGGCAAAUGCUUAAUAGAAAAACUGUUACGAUCAUGCAUUGAUAUUGAUAAGAUAUUUCUGCUAAUGCGGCCGAAAAAAGGAUUAAGUGUCAACGAUAGACUCAAGAAAAUAUUAAAUAAUAAGCUUUUCGACGUAUUACGAAGCGAGAGACCAAGUAGUUUUGAUAAAAUCAUACUUGUAUCCGGAAAUGUUGCACUUGAAGGGUUAGGAUUACUUGAUGAAGACAAAAAAAUGUUAACUGAACAUGUAUCUAUCAUCUUUCAUGUCGCUGCCAGUGUCAGAUUUGAUGAAAGCCUCAAAGACGCAAUUUUCAAUAACACGAGAUCAACACGCGAUGUAUGCAUUUUAGCUAAAGAUAUGAAAAAAUUAGUGGCUCUCGUGCAUGUAAGUUCAACUUACACUCAAACAGACAAGCCCACUGUCGACGAAAUUCUGUAUCCAUCGGAAAUUGAUUGGAGGCAGACAAUUAAAAUCGCCGAAUCCGUUGACGAUUACCUUUUGAGAAUAUUUACAUCGAAAUACUUGGGAAUGAUGCCAAACACCUACACAUUUACGAAGAGAUUGGCGGAGCAAAUUAUUAGCGAUUUUUCCGAGACAUACAAAUUACCAUGUGUGAUCAUCAGACCCUCAAUAGUAAUAUCGACGGCGGAAGAGCCCGUGCAUGGGUGGAUUGAUAAUUUUAACGGACCUAUUGGAUUGCUUAUUGGUGGUGCAAAAGGCAUUUUGAGGGUGGUAUACAUCGAUCCUUUGGUCGCUUCCGAUUUUAUACCGGUGGAUGUGGCUAUUAAACUUACAAUUGUAACUGCUUUUAAACGUGGGAUCAAAACCAUUACCGAGGACAAUAAGAUUCACGUUUACAAUUGCUCGUCAUAUAAUGUUAAACCUUUGAAUAUGCAACAACUUGUCGAUUUGGGCUUCAGAAUUUCGAAGAAAAUCCCCUUGGAAGGGAUAAUUUGGACACCCCACUCUACUUUGACUAAAAAUCGUUUUCUAUAUUAUCUGAUGGUGCUUUUUUUACACGUGCUCCCGGCAUUAUUUAUAGAUACAAUCUUGAAAUUGUGUGGUACACGGCCAAUAUUAUUAAAGCUGCAGAGAAAAGUAUAUGUGUCCAAUAGCGCCUUGUCAUAUUUUUUGUUAAAUGAAUGGAAAUUUUAUAAUAAAAAAUUGCUUGAAUUAUUUGACAACCUCAGCGUUGAGAAUCAGAAAGAAUUUGGUUACGACUACAGAAAUUUCAACGAAGUAGAUUAUUUUAGGGAUGGCGUUAUUGGUGCUAAACUUUACCUGCUUAAGGAAGACAUAAAUCAUCUCGAAGCAGCCAAACUUCAUCGUAAAAGGAUGGAUUGGCUCAGCAAUAUAACCACGAUAUUAUUCGUCAUAUUCUUCCUGCUAAUACUCUAUCGCAGAAACACGUUGUCCAACGUCGCGGAGAUAUUUUCAUUUCUCCGUUGAUUGAUCGAUAUUUGAUAAUAUCUAUUAAGUCUUUUCCUAUUAUUCGUCACUCUUAAUAAAUUGCAAAAUGUAUACUGUAAGAAUUAGAUAAAUCUAGCAAUAUAAUAUUUUUAUUCUUUAAGCUUCAUCAGUUUUUUAUACUAAAUUCUCUUAGUAUGCAGGUUCAAACAACUUGAACUUACUUAUGUAUUUGUAUAACAUUUUAUAUUUACUAUUCGGCUAUUUCAAAUGUAAUGGGAAAAAUAAUAACUUUAUAUACCUAAAUCUUAUAUUAUACAACAUU